AUAUUUGAGAAGCAGCAUUCAAAAUAGCACACAGAUCUUUAUAGAAUAAAGAUCAUCCUUUUGUUUUUAAUUCUAGAUCUAUUUAGAUCUAGAUCUAGUAUAUCUAGAAUCUCAUGGAAAUUUUUCAUUUGAAGUAAAAUGAACGAAACAAGUGUUCUGGAAUUGAUAAGUAGACUGUGCAACCUUCACAUAGGACCAGCUCAAAGAGCUUACAGACAACAGCCUACUAUUAGCAGAAGUGAUUCCAAGAAAAGAUUGAAAAUCUUGGCAUUUAAUGCAUUAUUUUCAUAUUUAUUUGACAAAAAAGUUGAUGAUAAAACAGUUUGUGACCAUGAAGUUGAAACUAUUUUACUAGAAUUUUACAAACUACGCCUUCAAAGAAAAUAUGAUGAGGCAGAUAGGCUAGAAUCAUUGUUUAAUCAACUGCAACUAGAAGACAAUACAGAAAUUCGGCAUGUUUUAAGGUUUUUGAUAGCAUUAAAAGACACCAAUGACUCACCACAGACACAGGAAGCAGGCUUUCAUUUUCCUAAAACAAAAAAAGAAAAGAAUGUGGAGCACUAUUUCUCACAGCCAUUGUGUUAUGGAGAUUUAAAAAUGUCCCUCAGUUCUGGCCACUAUUAUUUGCAUUAUCCCAGGGAGGUGUUUGAGAAACCUUUCCCAACUGUGAUGAUGACAAACGAGAAGCAAAUUUAUUCUGCAUUUGAUUCCCUGCCUGGACAAGGUUUGGGGCCGGACUGUCUCUUUACUACAAAGUUUUUACUGGAUGACUGUCAUGAGCACAUAACUCACAAUUCUUUGUUUGGUGGGUUAAUGCAAGGAAGAGUUACUGACCUUAAUAUGCUACUACAGCUGCCUGACCUUUCACUGGAUCCUCAGAUUAGAAUCCCAGAGCUUCAGCCAAGAAAAUCUUCUUCACUAACUGAGAUGUCAGAAGAGUCUGGUCUGGGCAGUGGCAGCGCUUCCAUGUCCAGCUCUGUACUCACCAUGGAAGGACACAGUGGCUAUGACGACAGCAUCUGGGAGAAAGCUCUGACUGACCCCAGGUCCAAUCACUACACCUGGGAGUGGAUAGGAUAUCAGCCUGGAAAAACAGAGAAGCCAUUCCUGACAGAAGCAGGACCAGCUGCGUUUGAUGUUCUGAUCAGGCUAAAGCUGCGGGUGUCCACCAUACUGUGUCCAGAUACUGAUGUUGUUCCUCUAGUGACUGUCCAGCCUGACAAGCUGGUUCAACAUAUUCUACUCAUGCUUAUUGGUGUACCAUCCAACAGUUUCUCAUUCAAUCACAGCACCAGUUGUUUUGAUGUUGUUGAUGGCCUCCAUGUGUCUGGAAUAUCUCCAGAAAUGCUGAAAAAUUUUCUGACUGAAUUUUUACACUGUGGGACAUUUUACGUGCGACUGACCCAUUUUUCUCAGCCACCCGUGCUCAACUCAUUCUACACAGGGGGUCUCAUAUUCCAAGCCUUUACAGGGGCCAUAAGGAAAGUGCUGAACCAUUAUACAGCAGCCAUUCUCAGUAUAGCACAUGACAUACAGCUACUGCAGCUGAAGGUUCACAUGUAUAAGGCCAUGCAGCAGAUCAGGUAUUUAGCAGAGUUGUGCCAGUGUCAUGACAAGCCUCCUCCCCAUGUGGCACCUGGAAAUUUUCCAACAGGGAUGAAACUCUUGUCCUACCUGUAUGCUGAGGCUGCAGUCUCCUCCAGUUCCCCCCACUACUCCAUGCUGCUGUCCAUACUUCAGACCUCAUGGACACCUUUUAUGUUGUUUAUCAGAAAUUGGGUAUUCCAUGGUGUCCACAGGGACUAUUAUGAAGAGUUCAUGAUUCAGAUUGAUUUGAGUUGUUUGGAAGCAAGAGAUGAAACCUAUUGGACCAGAGCCUACAGCUUGUCUCCCAACUAUGUGGAAGAUGGAAUUCCAGAAUUUCUCAGAGAAAUUAUUAAUGACAUUGUCACCUGUGGCAAGUCUAUCAACUUGUUACGUAUCUGCAGCCCUCAGCAUUUCAUGUGUAAUGUUACUGAAAGUGACAUCCCACCAGUCACCAUCACAUUUUCUCAAAAAGACUUAAAGAUAACAGAAAGAUAUUGUCAGGUUUAUGUGGCUCGUAUGAGACAAAUUGCCAGGCAAAUUACAGUUGACAGGCAGGAGAUUUUAGAGCGAAUUGAGAGAGAAAAAUUGGAGCUGCAGCAAACUGCCAGACAAAUGGCUGAGAAUGAAAUCAAACGACUACAGGGACAAAUUGAUGAGAGGAGAAGGCGGGUGAAAGCUAAACAACGUGUGGAACUGGACAGACUGAAACAACAAAUGGAGACUGAUAUACAAAGGCGUUCAGAUGAGAAAAAAGAUGAAAAAGAACGAGACAAGCAAUACAUGGCACAGCUGAAUAGAGAGGAGGAGGCACUUUCACAACAGGAGGUUGAGCUAGAAAAGAAAGCCAGGGAAGAGUUGGUGGCAUACUACACAGAGCUGGGGGAAGAAGCCAUGCACAGAGAGAGAGUUGCCUUGUGGAAGGUCAGGCGACAUCAGCUUGGCUAUGCCAGGUAUCUCUUCUUGAAGGCUGAUGCUGAAAGAUGGCGUAAGGAAUACCAGGACCAUCUUGGAGAGGAUGUUGUGGAUGCUGUACUGUCCCCCACCCUCCCUAGCUGGGCCAUGCGCUCAGCUGACGGCACAAUAGAAGUUACAGAUGAAGGGGAGGUAACUCUCCCAACAUGGGCCCUGAGAGAUAACUACACACUUGUGAGAGGGGACUCCUAUUCUCCAGAUAUCAUCAGUUCCUUACCCAACUGGGCUAAAAGAACAGUUUAUCCUGAGAAUUUCCAUCCCAUGUUUAUCACAGAGGACCAUGGAAGUGAUGAGGAUAAUGUGCCUGAAGCACAGUUUGAUCCAGCAGAGCAAGGCACAGACAACCUGAGGGGAGGGGAUGCUGGUCUGGCUGUAACCAGUCAGACAUCAGCUGAGGAAUCUAUACAGAAAAGUAAAGUGACCUCCCACCCUUCUAGAGAGAGUGAAGAAGAACCAGCUGUCCAGCACACCCAUCAAGUUGAAGGCAAGCACGUCACAGAGGAGACAGUCGCCAGUGAGGACAGCAAGCCCAGCAUCAAGAUGGUGGAGGGGGCCAACAUCCUGCAGGAGAGCCAGCCUGCCAGGACAGUCCAGCACAUCAAGACAUCCUCCACCAUGUCAGCCUCCAGACAGUCUCAGCCUGCAGCCCUCAAACCUCAUCUCAAGUUCUCUGCUGGCAAACAGGUCAAUCAGGAAUCUGUAGGGGAGAGAGCCAUGAUCCCCAGGAAGCAGCGGUCAUCCAGUGGUCAAGGUGUGUCCUCAGAGACAGAGUCCAAACUAUGGGGGAUUAAAAAAGCCAGCGUGUUUGGACAUGUCUCUCAGCUGUCCAACGCCAAUUAUGUCGUCACCAUUCCAAAACUCCGGAGACAAAACCAAAGACAUGCCAACAUGGAGUCUGACUACAAAGAGUUUUUGAUCAAACCUGGAGUGCGCAUGAACAAAGCCAUGUCAGCAUCUCAAGAAAGCCAAGCUGUUUCAGGGGAUCAGCGCUCACACAUCCGCACUUAUGCACAUCGUAAUGCAAGCACUGAGUCCCAGCAGGUUGAUGAAAAUGUUGUGCGCAGACAGAAGUUUUUAGCCCGCAAUGCAAGUGGUCAUUCCUCAGAUUCCACCGUCCAGAAACUUUUGUACCCGGAGGCUCGAAGGUUAAACACAGUCCAGGAGGAUGUUGUAGAUGGUGAGUUGGGGGGAAUCACUUUACAAGCAGGUUUGCCCUAUCAACUGGAGAAUUACCAGACUGAAUACACAAGGCUAGAUGAGGCUCCAUGUGUAGACCUGAUGUCCGGCAUUGUUGUGAUUGACCUGGGCAGUUACCUGGUCAGUCCUGUGGCCACCAGUGAGGAUGAGGUUGAGGCUUACAAGAACACACCACUGCCUGUCCUGCUCACACGCUCCAUAGCAGCACCCAUACGAGCUCAGAUCUCCCUGGUCAACACUUCAAUCAUCAACUACUUUACAUCAGAGCUCAAGGUUGAUCAGCACUUUGAAGCUAUCAGGCGAUAUCUUCUUAUGGCUGAUGGGGACUUUGCUGAAAUUCUGGCCAACAUCUUGUUAGAAAAACUGUCCACCAACCCGCUGCCCCAAGAGAUCCUAAACCCUGUAUUUUUGAAUGGUGCCCUGACCAAAGCCAUCAGAUCCUCCAUACAUUCAGAUGAUGAGUACACAAAACACCUCAGCUUCGCCCUCAAGUUCAUGCCCUCUGUGCUCAUGCCUAAUGCCCCCAACUCUCUACGGUGUCUGGAGCUGAGAUACAAUGUGACGUGGCCACUGUGUGUCAUACUCAGCAGCUCAUGCAUGGAGAAGUACUACUGCGUCUUUGACUUCCUGCUGCAGAUCAAGAGAGUGGUCUGGGUCCUGAAGGAUGUCUGGCACAGGCUAAAGAGAGACGCCUUGAUUCACAAAGCAGGAAGUACCUCACAGUUUAGACACCUUCAGCUUCAUCGCCAGGAGAUGGAGCACUUUGUAAAGAUGAUGCAGGGCUACAUCACCAACCAGGUCAUCCUGGUGUCCUGGCAGGAGUUCCAGUCUGACCUGGCUCAACCAAUCGCAGGUCUGGAUCAGCUGAGGACUCUCCAUGAGCGCUAUGUGGACAGGGCCAUUUCAAGGUGUCUGCUGGACAAGAAGGCUGAGAGGGUCAUGAAGAUCAUCCAGGACAUUUUCUGUCUGAUCCUCAAGUUCAGGUCCCAGCUGGUCAGUGCUACCUGGCAACAGGGAGAUCAAGGGCAGGUCACUCACACAAACUUUGCUGCCCUGGUCAACACUUACCAGUCUUUUCAUGUCUACAGCUUCUUUUUGUUUAAAGUUGUUAACAGACUGUCACAGAAAGGCUACCAGCCACAUCUUCAGGAACUUUUGCUACAGCUCAACUUUAAUGGCUACUACACAGAGGCAGCCAGCUGAUGACACUGUGACCUUUGUGAUGCUGACCUUUAACCCUGGGGUCAUUAAAACAUUUGUUACAGCCCAAAGGCUAUUGCACAAAUCUGAUGAACUGGUGACCCUGUGACCUUUAAACUUGAAUUCAUGUUAUUAAUUUGAGCUAGAGAGAUAGGCGAAGGUUGGUCAUAAUGUUGACGCUAUCUUUAUUUGAACAAAUAUGUUUGAUAAACACACUUUUCCAUUUCUUAAAAUUUCUCUAAAGACUUGAAGUGUUGAUUUCUUGCCUCAUACACUGUAACAUUCUCCUACAGUUAAAAAAUCAAAAUGCCCUCCCUUAAAUCUCCUGUCCAGUUUGCCAUAUUGAUGUAUCAUGUUGGAUUGGUUACAAAUGGAAAUGCCUUAUUUUUUAUCCUAUCUAAAUUUUGACAAAGUAUUGUCAUUUGAACAAAAUAUAUCUGUAUUAUUGAAUAGUAAAUAUUGUAAUUUAAAUAACAUCUUUAAAAUAUAUUAAAUACAAGACUCAUCUAUGCAAAAUGUUUUUCUAUUAAAAAAUGUCUUUAACCUUAACAUUGACUCACUGAUACAAUCUAUUGCUUUUUGUAAUUCAAUGAAACUUAUUUAUUUUUAACCAUGCCCUGUUAUUAAUAUGUCGUUUUGUAACAUUACAAAAAUUGUAAAAUAUUCUAAUUGUAAAAAAUCUAAUACUGGUGAGUUUUUUAUUAAACUCCCAGAGGACUGUACAUCCUGUUUAUGCACAAAAUAAUUGAAAACAUAACAUAAAAUUGAUUACA